AAACAAUCACCGAGGGAAUCGUCUCUGCAGAAAUUUUUUAAAAAAUGACGGUAAUGGGAGCUUCAACCAUGUAUACAGCUGUAAUAAUCCUUCUUGGAAUCAAUCUUUUCAUUAGUGUCAAAUCGGACGCGAACUCCUCAACGUACCCUGAAACAAAUGUCAAAACUCUGCCACAAAGGUGGUUCCCGCAACCUUUACGUGAACUACUUUCGCCUGAUAUAUUCACACAAGUCGAUCCGUUCAAUUAUCUACGUCAAAAAGCGAUGAAAUUAAAAUUCGGGGAGAAGGAAGAUAUGCGUAACGCUUUGUAUGUAUAUUCUGGUAAAGUUCCUUCAGCUUAUACGCCUUACGCUGAACUUUUACGAUCGAUGUUGGCCUGUUUUAUAAACCUCGAUCAUGUGAAAAUAUUCAUCAUGUCAGCUAAGAGGGACAAGUUUUCCAAUCCUCUUCGACCUCCGCCAGAUCCUAGCGCGCUUGAUUCUGUACUAUCGCCUUUAUUCUCAUUGGAUGUUUUCUUAGAUAACGAUCCGCCAUCAGUGCUCAUCGAUAAAUUAUUGACUAUUCCUGAAACUAGCUUUUCAAGCAUUGCAAGAAUUUUGCGAAAUCCUACAGACGAUGCUUCUCGUCAACUGGUCAAAUUUUAUCCCUGGUAUUCUGUUGAUCUCAGCCGAUUUCUGCAAAAUGAACUCGCCUUGAUGCAGUUAAAAGAUUUGCAACGUUCUGUCGCCAAAAUUAAGCAGUUAAAGUUGAACGGUUCUGAAGAUGGUCAAAUUAAAGAAAAGUAGCAAAUUUCAGCCCACCGACAGACGUUUUUGAAGCUCACGAAUAUGAGAAUAAAAUAAUCAUGUUGAUUAACCUACUUUAUAAUGUAACGU